CAUCACCAAUCACCGAAAUAGACAACUGCCGAACGGUAACGCAGCCCCAUAGAAAGCAAGACAAAAUCUUCAUCAAACCUCUGAAAGWACUUCACAACGCAUUGCAAUACCUAUCAAGACAGACAUUAAAGUAACAAUGAAUCUCUCGUCCGCUGUAGCAGGUCUUUCGGCAACUCUCGCCCUCGGUGCCCACAGCUUUACGCCUACGUCAUCAAUACGUCCGGCGGCUGCAUCAUGGAGAAACACGAACACAGCACUAGGUGCGCUUGACGAGGGCAUGAUGGGAAGAUUAGAAAACAUUAAAAGGUCAUACAAUGCCUUGACCGAACGUCUGGGAGAUCCUGAUGUACUGGGAGAUUCCAAACUCCUGCAGAAGGUUAUGAGCGAUCGAGCGAGCAGCGAAGAAGUCGUUCUGGCGUACGACGAGUACACUGGACUACUAGAGGAGUUAGAGGGUGCGAAAGAACUGUUUCAGGAUGCCGGAGACGACCCCGAGAUGAAAGAAAUGGCUCGAGCCGAAAUGAAAGAAAUCGAGCCAAAACUGGAACCUAUCGAGGACAAAAUCAAAAUUUUGCUGUUGCCGAAGGAUCCGAAUGACGAUCGCAACGUAAUGCUAGAAAUUCGUGCCGGUACGGGGGGAUCCGAAGCCAGCAUUUUUGUAGGAGAUCUUCUGGAUGUUUACCGAAAAUACAUUUCAUCCCAAGGAUGGAGCGCCAAUAUUAUUGACGAGUCUACCGGAGAUGACGGAGGUUACAAGAAUAUCGUCAUGGAAGUGAAGGGAGACAAGGUAUACUCUAAAUUGAAAUGGGAAGCCGGAGUCCAUCGCGUCCAGAGAGUUCCUGCCACAGAGUCUGCUGGACGAGUUCACACGUCUACUGCUACAGUUGCAAUCAUGCCCGAGUGUGAUGAAGUAGACAUCAACAUUGACAAAAAAGACAUUGAAAUGUGAGUGCUUUCGUACGGCUUGACCCUUUCGUUCACAUCGUGCUGCCGUUUAUGCUUGUCAAGACGUGCCGAUAUCAUAAUUACUUGUUAAUGCCUUGCACUUUUCCCUCAUCUUGCAUUUCUGAAAUUCUUAGUUCAACCAUGCGAUCAGGAGGUGCUGGUGGCCAGGUAUGUUCACGAACAGGUAGUACCGUUCAGCAAUUCAGUAAUACGAGAUCCUUCCACUUUUCUUAUUAUUUUUUCGUUAUGUCCUAUGUUUUUGUUGUUUUCAAUGUUGCACGAAUCUCCAUGUCUUUUAGAAUGUCAACAAAGUUGAAACAGCCGUAGAUCUUCUUCACAAACCUACUGGUAUCCGAAUCAAAUGCACCCAAGAGCGAUCUCAGCUGAAAAACAAGGAGUUGGCAAUGAAGAUGCUCAUGUCGAAGCUCUACGAUCUAGAAAACGAAAAGCGAGACAUGGAGGAACGGGCACGUCGAGGAUCCCAGGUUGGUACGGGUGGGAGAAGUGAAAAAAUCCGAACAUACAACUGGAAAGACUCUCGUUGUUCGGAUCACCGCAUUCAGCAAAAUUAUCCUCUGAACCAGUUUUUGGGCGGGGAUAUAGAUCCAAUCAUUGGUGCGAUGAUCAUGAAAGAUCAAGAAGAAAAACUCAAAGAACUUGCCGAACAAAACGCAGUUUAGUUUUGCUAGUUAUUGAUAUAACUAGAUUUCUUAGUUGAAUGAAAAGAAUAUAUCAAUUGGAAUGUA